UUCUCAUCAGAUAAAUAGAGAGACGAUCAUCAUACCUUCUUCGAUCUCUCAUUCAAUAUCUCUGAUUAAAUCUCCUAAAAAAAUUCUUUUUCGUUUAGCCACACAAAAGAAAAAAACAACAACAUGUCUUCGAACAAGGUUGUGUUGACUAGCUCCGAUGGUGUAACUUUCGAGAUUGAAGAAGCGGUGGCUCGUAAAUUGCAGAUCAUAGGGCACAUGAUCGACGAUGACUGCGCCGAUAAAGCAAUCCCGCUGGCGAACGUGACUGGUAAGAUCCUCGCACUGGUCAUCGAGUAUUGCAAGAAACACGUCGAUGAUAAAGAUUCAACCAAGGAAGAGGAAGCCAAGGCGGAGGAGCUCAAGACUUGGGACGUAGAGUUCAUGAAAAAUAUUGAUAUCGAAACAACCUUCUCAAUCAUUCUCGCUGCUAACUAUCUCAACGUCAAAGACCUUCUCGAUCUCACUUGCCAGAGCGUUGCAGAUCACAUCAAAGACAUGUCGCCAGAGGAGAUUCGAACGAUCUUCAACAUCGAGUGCGAUUUCACAUCCGAAGAAGAAGCAGAGAUUCGAAAGGACAACGCGUGGGCUUUUGAACCUGAACCAAAACCCUAAACUCUUUUUUUUUUUUGGUUUCGUUUUCUAAUUGUCGAUUCCGAUCGAUGUUUUCUAUUAUCUUUUGUUGAUGGCUUUUAAUUUGUCUCUUUCUUUCAUCGUUUUUCUUAACUGUGUGGAUUAACUUUGAUUCUCUA